GCAUUGUUCAAACAAGUGAGCUUAUGAUAACAGAACUAGAUCUAGGUCAAGGCUAACGUCCAACGUGUUAGUUAAGUUAUUCUAGCACAACAGCAAAAACCACGCAGCAGACUGAUUGUUUUGAAAGGUCCAUACAGCCGUAAAAAUACUGUGUGACAAUGGGACGUCUGGAUGGGAAAGUGUUUGUUUUGUCUGCUGCUGGUCAAGGCAUUGGACGGGCAACAGCUGUUAUGGCAGCUAAAGAAGGUGCUAGAGUCAUUGCCACAGAUGUCAAUGGUGACCUUCUAAAAGAGCUAGAUAGCAUACCUGGUAUAGAGACUCGUGUUUUAGAUGUGCUAAAGAAAGAUGAUGUUGUACAGUUUGCCAAGUCUGUUGACAAAGUUGAUAUUUUGUUUAAUUGUGCUGGGUUUGUUCACAAUGGAACUCUCCUGGACUGUGAUGAGAAGACAUGGGACUUUUCUUUCAAUCUCAAUGUUAAAAGCCUUUACACAAUGUGCUCAAACUUUGUUCCUAAAUUUAUUGAACAAGGCACUGGUGGUAGUAUCAUCAACAUGGCCUCUGUUGUGUCCAGUAUUAAAGGUGCACCAAACAGAUUUGUAUAUGCUGGUACUAAGGCUGCAGUUAUUGGCCUCACAAAAUCUAUGGCUGUAGACUUUGUACAGCACAAGUUGCGAUUCAAUAGUGUUUGUCCUGGUACUGUAGAUACACCAUCUUUAAGAGAAAGAUUAUCAGCUUAUGAUGACCCAGAUCAGGCUAGAAAAGAUUUCAUUGCAAGACAGAAGAUGGGGCGCUUGGCUUCAGCUGAGGAAAUAGCAAGUCUUGUCAUAUAUUUAGCAUCAGAUGAAUCCAGCUUUGUAACAGGUCAAGAAUUCAUCAUUGAUGGUGGAUGGAGUAUGUAAAAAUUUGGAAGAAUUACAUCACCUUUCUGAAGAAUUAUAUCCCUUUCAUGAAACUUGAUGUCCUACAGUCCCCCUGAUUCAAGCAUAUACUCAGUAUUGCCAUGUGUUAUUAUAUUAACACAGAACCACUUCUCAUUGGUUCAACCUUGGUUUGAUUCUAAGCUACCAUUUUCUUCUUCAAACAAUUACUUGAAGAGAUGACAGGAUAUUGUUUGCAGCAGUGAGGUGGUACUUGAGAAGAUAGAUUUGGAGAUUAGAAAAUCUCACAUUUUUAUCCUCAAGGUAAUUUUCUAGUCAAAAUAUUAUAUCAGCA